AUGCCCUUAUUCGGAUCCAAACGCGAACCCUCCCCUCCUCCUCCACCGCCCCCAGCACAAAAACACUCCCUCUUCUCCCGCCGCCGCUCCUCCUCUCCCAGCACCGCCCACCACAGCACAACCUCGACAUCCACCCACCGCACCAGCACCUCGUCCCCCAAACGCACAUCCGGGAUGUUCAGCCGCAGUACCGGCUCCGGGGACCCUAGCAUCGCCACUGCGAAACAGAGUCUGAUGAAUGCUGAAGCCGCGGAACGAGAUGCCGAUCGCGCGCUUUUUGUUGCUAGGAAUGCGGUGAGGGAGGCGAGGGAACAUGUUGCUAGGUUAGAGAGGGAAGCUGGUGAGGAGGCGAGACUUGCGAAGAUCAAACAGGGUGAGGCGAAGGCGUUGGGCAAGAAGGGGAAGUUGCUGGGGAGGCAUGAUCAUAUGUAG